UUUCUCACAAGCCUUAUCAACUCUUCUCUUCUCUAUCUUUCUUUUUUCCAUUCACUCCCUAAAACCCCUUCAAGAUUUUCUUUCUUCUCUCACCGUCUUUCUUCCAUUAACCCAAAAACAGACCAAUAGAGAAAAAAUGGUGCUGUUGUCCAAACAAGCAACAGAACAAUACUCCUAUGUGAAGAACUGCAUGGCUACACCAUGUUCUUUUACAAUCCCUGUGGUGGACCUAUCCAAACCUGAUGCAAAGAGCAUCAUAGUGAAGGCUUGUGAGGAGUUUGGAUUCUUCAAAGUCAUCAACCAUGGAGUUUCCAUGGAAGCUAUAUCCCAGUUGGAAUCUGAAGCCUUAAACUUUUUCUCUAUGCCAGUCACUGAAAAAGAGAAAACAGGGCUUGCAAAUCCAUUUGGUUAUGGUAACAAGCGUAUUGGACACAACGGUGAUGUUGGUUGGGUUGAAUACCUUCUUCUCAAAACCAACCAAGAAGUCAAUGUCCCAGUUCAUAGCCAAAACCCAGAGAAAUUCAGGUGUGUGUUAGAUGAUUACUUGUGUGCUGUGAGGAACAUGGGAUGUGAGAUUCUAGAUUUGAUGGCAGAAGGGUUGAAGAUUCAACCAAAGAAUGUGCUUAGCAAGCUUCUGAUGGAUAAACAGAGUGACUCUGUUUUCAGGGUGAAUCACUACCCUGCUUGCCCUGAAAUGGGUUUGGAUGGUGAGAACUUGAUUGGGUUUGGAGAACACACAGACCCACAAAUCAUUUCUCUGCUCAGGUCAAACAACACUUCAGGGCUUCAGAUUUCUCUCAGAGAUGGGAGCUGGAUUUCAGUUCCACCUGACUAUAGUUCCUUCUUCAUCAAUGUUGGUGAUUCUCUUCAGGUUAUGACUAAUGGGCGGUUCCGGAGUGUGAAACACAGGGUUUUGGCAAAUGGGUUCCAAUCGAGGCUAUCAAUGAUUUACUUUGGUGGCCCACCACUGAGUGAGAAAAUAGCACCAUUGCCUUCUCUCAUGAAAGGAGGAAAAGAAGAGAGCUUGUAUAAGGAGUUUACAUGGUUUGAGUACAAGAAUUCAAGUUACGGUUCAAGAUUAGCUGACAACAGGCUUGGACACUUCGAGAGAAUUGCAGCCUCAUAAAGGAUUGAUAUUAUGGGGGCACUUGUCAAUACAAAUAUGGGGGGAUACAUUGUAUACUAUAAAUGGCUUCUCCUUUUUUUCUAUUUUGCUACUUUAAGAUUAUGUUAUCAUCAAUCAGAAUGCGUCAUAUAAGAUAGGGUAGUGUUAUUCUCCUUUUUGAUCAGAUACUCAUGUAAGUACUUUUUCCAGUAAAAUGACAUCUGUUUCUGAGAACAGUGGAGGCUUAUUAUUUUUUA